GGCGGUCUCAGCGUCACUUGUGGAUAGUACAGUCGUCCUCACGCUCUUCCUUUAGCUCUUGUCUUUCACUCUGUGUAGACUUCAACUCGAGAGCUACUAUGUCUUUGUGGAAGAUCCCACUCUUGCUCUCUAUUGCAUAUGGUUUCCAACGCGUCCUCCACCCGCCCAACGUCGUCAAAAAAGAGGGCCAUAAGCGCUUCACCGACUUAUGGACGAGGGAUUUCAUUGCAUGGGGUCAGUUCGGCGGCAAGGUCGCUGUAUGGUUCACAUGCCUUGGAGAGGUCCUCGUAAUCUGCGCCAGCCACGAACAGCUGCCCUACUCUCAUCAUAUCCUCAAUAUCCUCUCGCAUACCCCAAAGGCCAUUGAGCCUGAGACGAUCCGCAUAACGUCGUCGUUCCUCGUAGGAUGGAUCACCACGAUGUUCGCGAUCCUCGUCCGUCUGGCUUCAUACCACUCACUCGGACAACUCUUCACGUUCGAGCUGUCGAUUCAAGACAAACAUAAACUGGUUACGAGUGGGCCUUAUAACAUCGUUCGCCACCCGAGUUACGUCGGCAGCAUUGCCAUUCGCGUGGGGACUCUGAUCGUAGCCUUCUGCCCUGGCUCAUGGUUAUACGAAUGUGGAUGGCUGCGUACCAUCCCAGGCCUCACGUUUCUGACGCUCUACGUCGCUUGGGAUGCGUAUGUCGCCCAUGGGAUGGUUUGGCGCACGGCGCAGGAGGAUAAGGUGCUGCAGAAGGAGUUUGGUAAGGAUUGGGAGGAGUGGGCGGGGAGGGUGCGGUAUCGCUUGAUCCCUGGAGUUUACUGAACUCUCUCGAAAUUCGGAAGGUUUCUUGAUUUGAGUUUAGCGCUUAGGGUCGCAAGGGCUUUGAGUCCGUACUCUAUAUGGUUCUCCUAUGGUUGCCAAGAAGAGUCGCUUGGUUGAUGCAGAUAUUCGGCUCUCAAAGUCCGCGGCUGAGGUACUUCUUUCUUCAAAACACCUCAAGCGCCUCGUCGUCUCGUAUCCUCAGUCAAGAUGUCUGGUACGGUGUCUCUUCUCGAUUUUUAACCUAUCAAGCCUCUCAAGACCUCAUGCAUGUUCCGAAUAAGAUGGCCGAAGCGCCUAUCAAUUCUGAUAUCCCUCUUUGACGCAAACUUUGACACGAGAAGUCGAUGGUGGAAUCCCACAUCGCCAGUCUUCUGAUGUAUAGUUUUCUUUUCCG